AUGUUUAUAAUUUUCAGGAACUUGUCCGUGGCAUUAGGCAUAGAAUGGGCACCCAUAAAUGUACCAAUUUCACGAAGGCUUCAGACCCUGGCGGCCACUGGCUGGAUCUGCCUCGUACUCUUCAGCGAAGCAGUUGCUAUACUUCUAUUCAUUAAAAUUAUUUACUCUUCAUAUUGGUACUUGGGCUUGUUGUAUGGAGUGUGGAUGCUAAAUGAUAUCGACAUUUGUCAUAAAGGAGGACGAACAAUCCAAUGGGUGCGAAACUGGGCGUGGUGGCGUUACUAUAGAGAUUACUUUCCAAUUAAACUUGUGAAAACCGUUGACUUGGAACCGAAUAGGAACUAUCUCUUCGCGUGCUUUCCACACGGCGUUGUCUGCUCCGGGGCUUUUGGAGCAUUCGCAACAAAUGCUCUGGAUUUCCACAAAGUUUUUCCAGGCUUGAGUUGCCAUAUGAUUACCUUGGCUGGGCAUUUCCUGGUUCCCAUUUUCCGGGAACUUUUACUUGCUUUUGGGACUUGUUCGUCUUCAAGGGAAAGUUUGGAGUAUCUGUUGGAUGUAAAACGCAGUCAAGGAACAUGCGUGUGUCUGAUUGUUGGUGGAGCAGCUGAGGCUUUGGAUUCACAUCCUGGGGAGUACAAAGUGAUUUUGACCAGACGAAAAGGUUUUAUUCGGGUUGCUAUGAAGUCCGGAGCACCCAUAGUUCCAGUGUUCUCCUUCGGUGAAACAGACGUGUUCAGACCCCCUCACAAUCCCCAGGACAGCUUCCUACGCAAAUUCCAGGAGAAGGUGCGUCAGGUGACUGGCAUUUCACCAAUGUUUCCUAUUGGAAGAGGACUCUUUCAGUAUUCAUUUGGAGUUCUACCUUUGCGAUCACCUAUUACCACUGUCGUUGGCGCACCUUUAGAAGUUGAAAAGAAUCUCGAUCCAACAGACGAAGAUAUUAACGCCUUACACGCCGAAUUCACAAAACGACUGAUUGAUCUCUUUGAGACUGAAAAACCUAAGUAUUUGAAGAACCAUGAGAAAAUAUCAUUAAUUAUCACAUAG